AUAUCAGUGUAACACACAACAUUGGCAGGCAGCCCUGAGCUGGAGUAGAGAAACAACACAUCUAGCAGAUAACGGAAUUAUAUAAGUAUUAAAAUAUAUUGUCACCAGUAUAUUACCGAAUGUUGUUAAGUAGUUAAUCAAUGUAGCUAAUGGUGUAAGAUAGGUAACAUUAACCCUCAACAUCUCUUAGGUGGCACAAGCUAGUUAGCUCGGAGCUAGCUAUAUUUGAUCAUUAUUGGAAAGUCUGGCAAGUGGUAGCUAGGUUUCUUGUAACCAUGUAGCUAGCUACUGUAAUGUUAAAUAUCAAUUGACAAACAGUUUGCUAACUCGACGUUAAAAUAUGUACAUUCAUUCAUCAUCAUUUGAUUUACAAGGCGAGCGAAAAUCUAUGUAUAAACAGUCUGAAAAUAGCUUCUUCAAAUGUGGUGAAAAGACAAGCCCUAUCAGUGUAAUUUUGGUUACUUCGGGUAGCCGAGGGAACAAAUUGCUCUUUAGGUACCCAUUUCAACGGGUUGCAGAUUGCACAUCAUCACUCACGACAAAACAGCGAAGUCCAUAUGCAUUGAACACUACAGGAGAUGUUCUUGAAGACCCAGAUGGAGAUUCAAGAGAACAAACUCCAUUAACUGAUCAACAGUUGGUAGCAGGGUUCUCUGACAUCAUCCUCGCCACUAUCUUGGCCACCAAGUCUGAUAUGUGUGGGAAGAAGUUUGAGCUGAAGAUAGACAAUGUGCGUUUCGUUGGGCACCCCACCCUCCUCCAGCAUCCUCACACCAUUCAGGUGUCCAAGACAGACCCCUCACCUAAGAGGGAGAUGCCCACCAUGAUCCUGUUCAGUGUUGUGUUUGCUCUGAGGGCCAACGCCGACCCGUCAGUCAUCAGCUGCAUGCACAACCUGUCCCGGCGCAUCGCCAUCGCCCUGCAGCACGAGGAGCGCCGCUGCCAGUACCUCACCAGAGAGGCCAAGCUGAUGCUGGCCGUGCAGGACGAGGUCACCAACAUGACCGAGACUGAUGGCAGCCCUCAGUCACCGUUCAGACAAAUCCUUCCUAAAUGCAAGCUUGCCAGGGACUUGAAGGAAGCAUAUGACAGCCUGUGUACAACAGGGGUGGUGAGGCUCCAUAUCAACAACUGGCUGGAGGUGAGCUUCUGUUUACCUCACAAGAUCCACCGGGUAGGGGGCAACCACGUACCCCCAGAGGCUCUGGAGCGUAGCCUCAAGGCCAUAAGGCCGUAUCAUGCUCUGCUGUUGCUGGACAGUGAGAAGGCUCUGCUGGCCCAGCUGCCUUUGGACUGCUCUCCUGCUCUGGUGCGCCUCAUUAAGACCUGCUCUGCAGUCAAGAACCUGCAGCAGCUGGCACAGGAUGCAGACCUGAACCUGCUACAGAUCUUCCAGAUUGCUGCUCACCUGGUGUACUGGGGAAAAGCCAUCAUAGUGUACCCUCUGUGUGAGAACAAUGUCUACAUGCUGUCCCCACACGCCAACAUCAGCCUGUACUCUCCAUUGGCUGAGGCGUUUGGCCAGCAGUUCCCAGGUCAUGACCUGCCUUCCAUGCUGGCCAAGUUCUCCCUGCCGCUCUCACUGUCUGAGUUUAGGAACCCACUGGAUGCGUCUGUGCAGGAGGCCCAGCUGAUCCAGAUGGUGGUGUGGAUGCUCCAGCGGCGCCUGCUGAUCCAGCUCCAUACCUAUGUGUGUCUGCUGGUCCCCCCCAGUGAGGAGGAGCCAGGUCUGCUGCGGGACGAGGAGCUCCCCCUGGUGGCCCGGGUGGGGGGACGCAGCCUCAGCACGCCCAGCGCACUCAGCUUCGGAUCUCCAACCAGCAGUGAUGACAUGACCCUGACCAGUCCCAGUAUGGAAAACUCCAGUGCAGAACUGCUUCCUGGUGGAGACUCUCCACUAAACAGGAGGAUGACCGAGACGUUACUGGCCAGCCUGACAGAGCACGAGCGCCAGGUCAUCCUCAAUAUCCCAGCUGCACAAAGUCCUGAAGACCUGCGCAUGUUUGCCAGGCUGCUGCACUACUUCCGAGGGCACCAUCACCUGGAGGAGAUCAUGUAUAAUGAAAACAUGAGGCGAUCUCAGCUGAAGACCCUCUUUGACAAAUUCAGAAGUGUUCUGGUGGUCACCAACCAUGAGGACCCUGUCAUCUCCCUCUUCCAGUCUCCUCUGGAGUAGAGGUCUGUCAUCUCCCUCUUCCACUCUCCUCUGGAGUAGAGGUCUGUCAUCUCCCUCUUCCAGUCUCCUCUGGAGUAGAGGUCUGUCAUCUCCCUCUUCCACUCUCCUCUGGAGUAGAGGUCUGUCAUCUCCCUCUUCCAGUCUCCUCUGGAGUAGAGGUCUGUCAUCUCCCUCUUCCACUCUCCUCUGGAGUAGAGGUCUGUCAUCUUCCACUCUCCUCUGGAGUAGAGGUCUGUCAUCUUCCACUCUCCUCUGGAGUAGAGGUCUGUCAUCUUCCACUCUCCUCUGGAGUAGAGGUCUGUCAUCUUCCAGUCUCCUCUGGAGUAGAGGUCUGUCAUCUCCCUCUUCCAGUCUCCUCUGGAGUAGAGAGGGUAGAGAGAGUAAACAGGUCUGUCAUGAGGUGAAGGACCCUUUCUGAAAUACCAGACGGACAGAAUGAUACGGACUGCUGCUGUACAAAGGCCUUUAUUAUGGUGCUCACUGCUUCUAGCCAACUGUACUCAUAUCAAUGCACCCCAAAACAAUAAGAUUUCUAAAAGAAUAACUGUCUGCUCUGCUUGGGGGACUGGGAGUGAAUGUAUGUAGCUUUUAGAUGAUUUAAUUUGUCCCUUUCUCUCUUAGAUGUUUUACGUUCAAUGCCUUGUUUUCAAUACUACUGUACAUGAUUGACUAACAGUGUGUGAAGAGCUUUAGUGAUACCUAUAAAUUGGGCAGUUUAAACACAGU